AUGCCGGGAGCCCCCUCUGGAAGUUCGAAGUUCCUGUGUGCCACUCACAUCAUCCCGGUGAAGAACGAGGAGGGCGUGGUCAUGAUGUUUAUCCUCAACUUUGACUACAUCAUGGAAGAGGGCAGCAGCGACUCCCUGGAGAGACUCAAUCACACCUCCCCGAGCAAAGCCGAGCGUAAGGGAAGAUUCUUUCGCUUCCGCCUGCCAGCGUUACCUCUGCUUGGGAUCAGUAAACAGUCCCUUCCCCAGGAGGACCCUGACGCUGUCAUGGUGGACUCCCCUCAGCACAGCGACGGCUCUGUGGCUACUAGGGAUUAUCAACUCCCCACCACGCGAGAGAGCUGCAGCCCGUCCUACGCCAACGACACCCGCGCCCUCAUCGCCCCCAGCCACUGCUCCACCCCUGUGUCCGGGCCUUUGGACCACUCCUCGCCCAAAGGUCCCUGGGACCGGAUCUACCCUGAACAGGAAUCUUCAACGCAGGCCAACAGUCAGGAUGACACCCUGACGGCCGCCCCUUCCAUCCCAGGCCUCACUCCCACCGCAUCCAGAGAAAGUGUAUGUAGCAUACGCCGGGCCUCCUCAGUGCACGACAUGGAGGGCUUUGGCUCCAACUCCCACAAGAUGGUUUUCAGGGACAGACAUGCCAGUGAAGGUCCACUCAGUCAGAUUAAGUCCAGUUUACUAGGCUCCACGUCCGACUCCAACCUCAACAAGUACAGCACCAUCAACAAGAUCCCCCUCAUCACGCUCAACUUCUCAGAGGCCAACAACGACAAGAAGUGCCCGUCCCCGCCGUCGUCCGAAAAAACCAUCAUCGCUCCCAAAGUCAAAGACCGAACGCACAACGUCACCGACAAGGUCACGCAGGUGCUGUCUCUGGGUGCAGACGUGUUGCCAGAGUACAAGCUCCAGACCCCGCGGAUCCACAGGUGGACCAUCCUUCACUACAGCCCCUUCAAAGCCGUGUGGGACUGGCUCAUCCUGCUCCUGGUCAUCUACACGGCCAUCUUCACGCCGUACUCCGCCGCCUUCCUCCUCAACGACAUCGAGGAGCAGAAGAGGCGCGAGUGCGGAUACUCCUGCUCCCCUCUCAACGUGGUGGAUCUCAUGGUGGACAUCAUGUUCAUCGUGGACAUCCUCAUAAACUUCAGGACCACGUACGUCAACGCGAACGAGGAGGUGGUCAGCCAUCCGGCCAAGAUCGCCAUCCACUAUUUCAAAGGCUGGUUCCUUAUAGACAUGGUGGCGGCUAUACCGUUCGAUCUGCUCAUCUUUGGCUCCGGAUCCGAUGAGACGACCACGCUGAUCGGUUUGUUGAAGACGGCCAGGCUGCUGAGGCUGGUGCGCGUGGCUCGGAAACUGGACCGAUACUCGGAGUACGGCGCCGCGGUCCUCAUGCUGCUCAUGUGCAUCUUCGCCCUCAUCGCUCACUGGUUAGCCUGUAUCUGGUACGCCAUCGGCAACGUGGAGAAACCCUACUUGGAACAUAAAAUCGGGUGGCUGGACAACUUGGGCGUGUCUAUUGGUAAAAAAUACAACUACAGUGACCCCAGCUCUGGCCCGUCCAUCAAAGAUAAGUACGUCACGGCGCUGUACUUCACCUUCAGCAGCCUCACCAGCGUCGGCUUCGGGAACGUCUCUCCCAACACCAACUCGGAAAAGAUCUUUUCCAUCUGUGUCAUGCUCAUUGGAUCGCUAAUGUACGCCAGUAUCUUUGGGAACGUGUCGGCGAUCAUCCAGCGCCUGUACUCUGGGACGGCCAGGUAUCACCUCCAGAUGCUGCGGGUCAAAGAGUUCAUCCGCUUCCACCAGAUCCCCAACCCCCUGAGGCAGCGGCUGGAGGAGUACUUCCAACACGCCUGGACCUACACCAACGGCAUCGACAUGAACAUGGUCUUAAAGGGGUUUCCUGAGUGCCUGCAGGCGGAUAUCUGCCUCCACCUCAACAAGACCCUGCUGCAUGACUGUAAGGCCUUCAGGGGAGCAUCCAAGGGCUGUCUGCGAGCUCUGGCCAUGAGGUUCAAGACCACCCACGCCCCGCCCGGAGACACCCUGGUGCACGGAGGCGAUGUGCUCACUGCGCUGUACUUUGUGUCACGUGGCUCCAUCGAGAUCCUCAAGGAAGACGUCGUCGUGGCCAUUUUGGGUAAAAAUGACAUUUUCGGAGAGAUGAUCCACCUGUUUACCAAACCUGGAAAGUCUUGUGCUGAUGUGCGUGCGCUGAGCUACUGUGACCUGCAUACCAUCCAGAGAGAGGAGAUCCUGGAGGUGCUGGACAUGUACCCCGAGUUUGCAGAUCACUUCUUCACUAAUCUGGAGCUGACGUUUGACCUUCGAGAUGAAAACGCAAAAGAUUAUCCCAAACGUGGCACUGCCAGCACAGAGGACAUCAGGCGCCGGAUCUCAUACAGGAGGAAGUUUUCCACAGGCUCCAACAAGAUGCCACUGACCACAUACUGCGGCAGUCAGCACCACAUGUACAGCUCAUCAGCCCCAGAGGAGAGGGGAGAGUCAGCGGAGGAGGGAGAGGAGGAGGAAGAGGAGGAGGAGGAGCAGAGACCUCUAUGUUCAGGGGUUUUGGGCUACCCUGUAGUCCAGGACCACCCUCUUGGGCUGGGACUGAGCUCUGCACCAGACCAAGCUGGAAGCUCUGUCCCGGCCCAACCCUUCAAAGAGCUUGAUGCGGAGGAUUGGGAGCCUCGUCCCAGUGAGCGCACAGAGGAGCCAGCCCCCUGUGAGCGACCAGGGGCCGCGGAGGACAGCGAGUCAGACCUCACCUAUGGAGAAGUGGAGCAACGGCUGGACAUGCUGCAGCAGCACCUCAACAGACUGGAGUCCCAGAUGACUGCAGACAUCCAGGCCAUCCUGCACCUGCUGCAGAGGCAGAGCACAGCUGGGCCUCCUGCCUACAGCACCGUCACAUCCAGCCCCGACUACCACAAAGCAGCCAUCUGCCUGCAGCCAGCCUCUCCACAGGGCGAGCUGGCUCUGGGCCCCGCUCCUCCUCAGCCACAGAUCCCAGAGCACUCCCAGAGCACACCCAAAGAAGCCUCUCCAGUGGUGGACCUGGACGUUCUUCCAGACGAGGACUUUGCUGGACCUUUGGAGGGUGAAUCGGACACAGAGCAGAGACACAGACUCAAUCACACGGACACAGUAGAAACACAGUUGCCCGGACUGCCAUCAGGCAGACAGGCCUCACUGCCGGAUGUCCCCAGCAGCUCAGGGUCUAUGGCCCCCCACAGGCCGCUGUCUGACCCAGGGUUGCUCCAACCUUAG